AUGGCCAGCCGCUACAGAAAUCCUAGCGGGCCUCGGUUUCCCAAUGAUGCGGCGCCUGGGGUUCUGGGAUCAGUGCCCGAAAGCCGCUAUCGGUACCUCGAAUUCAAGCAUCUCUACUUCCGCCUCCAGAGCCUUCUCAACCAGAAAGUUGUUCUUAGUUUGAAAUACGAACAGUUGAAGACGCCAGAAAUCCGGAUGUCUCUCAUUCGUCCUCUAGUGCUGCAGAUCACCCAACUCAGCAGCUUGGCUCGGCUUCAUGCACUUUUCCAGCCCUCUUUGCACGACAUCCAUGAAACCCCACAGUUUGCGCCUUUACCCUAUGGCACUGUGGCUUCCAACGUUUCCGAAUCCUCCAUCUCCACCAAUGUCAUCUAUGUGCUUCUUCUUCUUCGAUACGAGUACCAAAUCCAGCUGGAAAAUCACUUGGUGAUGUAUGACUUGCUUACCACGAAGGCAAAUAUUUGUGAGGUUUUGGCGAUCCGCAUGCUUCGAGAAUAUCGGUCGAUGGAUCGAAUUAAUCUUCUUUUCCUCAACCCCAUGCAGCUUUCAAGCGAUCUGGCUCCAUUAGCAAGCGAGCAGCAUCAUCUUUUGAAAAACACGAAGCAUCUUGUGUGUUUCAAUACGCUAGAGCUUUCCAUCUUGGCCAAGGCCAAAAAAUUCUUGUCUCAACCCGUCGUGAUCCACAUCUUGGACCGCAUAUACAAUGGCGAUCUCAUUAUCAAAGAGCAGCAGUACCCAAAGUCUGAUGAUGACUCGUGGGCAAGUCUUCUUAUUUCGUCGGCAAAACCAUCGGAAGACUCGCGGGAGUAUCCGCUUUUGGGCCGCUCCUUUUCAGCCGAAUUCAAUGAAGCAGAGAAAAAUGUCGUCAACUACAGAUUCAACCGGACGUCCAUGAAGAAAGUUCUUGUGCGCUCGCAGGUUGUCCCCAAGUAUCAGGCUUUGGUGAUUAAUCUAAAGUAUGGCAUGCUCACAUUACUUUUCCUAGUGCUUGUUCUACGGCACAAGAACAACUCUUCAGAAUUGGGCAACAGUUUUGUGGGGAAACUCAUUUCCGUUUUAUUCUGGAUGUUAGCACUUAGCUUCAAUUUCGACAACAUCGUUAAGUUGAGCCAUAUCGAAUUCAAGUUUCUUAAGAAAAUCGUCUGGACAUAUUUCGAUCUUCUCAUAGUAUUUCUUAUCGAUACGUCAUUUGUGCUACGCCUUCUUUUGAUAUUCGACAAAAUCAGUGUCUCGACGUAUUACAGUGUCUUCAGUCUUAUUCUGAUUUUGCUUUUUCCUCGCAUGCUAUCUGUGUUCAACAACUACGAGUUCUUCAACAUGAUGAUCGUGUCAUUCAAAAAGAUGUCUUGGAACAUGAUCGCGAUGUUCUGCUUGUUUGUGUCUUUGAUUUUUGGCUUUUUCUUGUGUUUCAUCACCAUCACCAUUGAUUUAUCUACGUAUGAGGUUGCGUUCAGCAUGCUAAAGCUCUUUUUCGGUUUCACCCCUGCUGUAUGGGACCACUGGGAUAGUUACAACCAAUUGGGCCGAGCCAUUCAGUUGGCCUAUUUGUUUCUCAUUCAGUUCAUCGUUGCCACGAUUCUUGCCAUUGUUUUGGGCAAUGUGUUUGCCAAAGUCAGCCAGACAAACAAGGAGGAGUUUGAGUACCUCAAAACAACCAAUCUAAUCAUCUACUUGAAAUGGGGCCACUUGCAUUGGACGCAGGCGUCGCACAUGUGGCUCAUUCGUGUGUUUCAUUACGUUGUGAAUUUUUUCAAGUUGCCCAUCAUCUUGCUCAUUUACUUCUAUGAGCUUCUUAUCAAGGACAACCGACAGCUUUCACGCAAACAGCAAAGCGACUUGAAAACAUUCACAUUCCUCACCCGUGAAGAUGACUUUUACGGCGACAGCGAUAUGAUGGCCAUUCACGAUGAGGAUUCUGAUGUCAGCACCAUUAUGUUGCGGCGAAAUUCAGGCGCCGGUUUGGGCGCAGGAGCUGGAGGCGCCCUCAGUUCGGCUGCGAAAAAGGCAAACCGACUCGCGCCUCAGCAGUCCAUUAACACUUUUGCUGGGUUCCGUAGCGGCCUGGUAGAACUGGCCUUUUACGAUGAUUACAUAGGGCACAAGCUUCGGGCAGAAAAGGAGCAGAAGCCGAAAAAUCAUCAGCCUCGGCGGCACUCGAAGCCAACCAAUAACGAUAUCAUGGCCAAGUUGCGAGAGUUGGAGAAUUUGGUGCGGGCGGGAGACGAUAAGGGCCGGGCGCACCGCGUUCGCAGCGCCGCGAGCGAAUUUGCAAGCGACCGCAUAGCGUCGGCGAGCGAAGAAAGCAAUGGCGAGUCAAGCGAAGAACAGUGA